AUGCAGAGAAGUCAGAGCUAUUCCUACCCAUCAUCGGCCAUGGUCGGCCAGUCGAGGUAUGCAUCGACACAGGCCACAAGCUCGGCAUUCAGCGCAUCGGCCAACCCCAACGAAGACUGGACCAAGAUAUCGGAUCUUGCAGAGAGACGACGGAUCCAGAACCGGAUUGCUCAGCGAAACUACCGCAAGAAACUCAAGAGGAGACUGGAAGACCUAGAGCGUCGUGCUGGGUCGUCUUCUGCUUCUCCAGAACAGACACAUGCGGAACUGGCCACAACAACCGUAACCAAAGACAACUCCCGCAAGCAACCUCAAAGCAUGACUCGCCAGACAUCAACGUCGGGGUCAGCGACUUCCCACGAGAUGCAACGGGCUUCUCCUGAGCUACUACCCUUUGAUGAUCAUUCAUCACUGUUUGAUACCCCUUCGACACGGCAUGCAUCGCUUCAUUCCCCACCGGAGUUCGCGUUCUCGACGUACCCACCGACCACAGCAUACCUGCAGUACGAGGAGCAGCAACAGGCCUCUUACGAGAGUACGCCAGGCUACUUUCCGAACUCGUACUAUCCUGCGAACGUCACGUCAUCAAGCCUGCCUCCUACAUUACCAGCCAUGCUCCCGUCAACAUAUGGGAAACAGGAUCAUUUCUGGAGCGAUGACGACUUCCUGAAUCCCUUCAGUAUGAACUAUGCCUCUCUGGCUGGUCUUGAAAUGCCCUCGAAUCAUGCAUACACGGGGGCCACAUCUCAUGUAAAUCCCACCACUUUCUUCUCGCGUUCAUAUUCCAGCCCGCAUUUUUGA